UCCCUCCCUUCUAAUCCCCUCUGACAGUCGCCAGCGACUGUCCAUCUCUCACCCUUUUAACUAAUACACGCUCUCUCACUGCGCCUCUCACUCUCAGAUCACUGACCCAAUGGACUCCGUCGCCUUGUUCAGGCUCUUUCCUCUCCUUCUUCUUCUACAAUGGGCCUCAGUCACGGGCAAGCAAAUUUACCUCGUUCAGAUGAGACAUCAGGACAAGCCCUCCUCCUUCGCUACACACCAUGACUGGUACUCCGCCAGCCUCCAAUCCCUCUCCUCCUCCACCACCUCUGACUCUCUCCUCUACGCCUACACUACCGCGUACCAUGGCUUCGCGGCCUCACUCGAUCCCGACCAAGUCGAAUCGCUGCGCCGAUCCGAAUCCGUCCUCGGCGUUUACGAGGACACGGUCUACACCCUCCACACUACUCGUACCCCCGAGUUUCUGGGCCUAGACACCGAUUCCGGCCUCUGGGCUGGUCACAACACCCAGGACCUCGACCAAGCAUCUCACGACGUUAUCGUUGGCCUGCUCGAUACUGGGGUCUGGCCUGAGUCCAAGAGCUUCGACGACUCCGGAAUGCCCGAGAUCCCGAGCCGGUGGCGCGGCGAGUGUGAAUCUGGACCCGAUUUCAGCCGCUCCGUUUGUAACAAGAAGCUCAUCGGGGCUCGGAGCUUCUCCAAGGGCUACCACAUGGCCUCCGGUAGCAGCUACUUGAAGAAGUCCCGAGAGGCCGAGUCGCCUCGGGACCGAGACGGCCAUGGGACUCACACAGCCAGCACGGCCGCGGGGUCACACGUCGCCAAUGCCAGCCUCCUGGGAUACGCGACCGGGACGGCGCGUGGCAUGGCCACCCAUGCUCGCGUCGCCGCCUACAAAGUCUGCUGGAGCAUCGGGUGCUUCGGGGCCGACAUUCUUGCCGGCAUAGAUCGGGCCAUCUCCGAUGGCGUCGACGUGCUCUCGCUCUCUCUCGGCGGCGGGUCUGCCCCGUACUUCCGUGACACAAUCGCCAUCGGAGCGUUCGCAGCCAUGGAGAGGGGCAUUUUCGUCUCUUGCUCUGCCGGAAACAGUGGGCCCAGUAGGGCCUCGUUGGCCAAUGUGGCCCCGUGGAUCAUGACGGUCGGGGCCGGGACUCUGGACCGGGAUUUCCCGGCUUACGCCGUACUCGGAAGCAAGAACCGGGUAACUGGAGUUUCUCUUUACAGUGGGCAAGGAAUGGGAAAUAAACCGGUCGGUUUGGUAUACGACAAGGGGAAUAACAGUUCGAGCAGCAUGUGCCUGCCCGGUUCGCUUGGACCGGAGUUCGUGCGUGGGAAUGUGGUGGUGUGUGACAGAGGGAUAAACGCACGCGUGGAGAAAGGAGCCGUUGUACGCGACGCGGGUGGGGUGGGGAUGAUACUCGCGAACACGGCGGUCAGCGGUGAGGAAUUGGUGGCUGACAGUCAUCUGUUACCGGCCGUAGCGGUGGGGAAGAAGGCCGGGGAUAUGAUCAGGGAGUACGUGCGGUCGGACCCGAAUCCGACGGCGCUGCUGAGCUUCGGAGGGACCGUGUUGGACGUACGACCAUCACCGGUGGUGGCGGCGUUCAGUUCGAGAGGGCCCAAUCUGGUGACUCCGCAGAUCUUGAAGCCGGAUGUGAUUGGGCCUGGGGUUAACAUCUUGGCGGCUUGGUCAGACGCGGUUGGGCCCACGGGGUUGGAGAAGGACACAAGGAAGACCCAAUUCAACAUCAUGUCAGGUACAUCAAUGUCUUGCCCGCACAUCAGUGGAUUGGCAGCAUUGCUAAAAGCAGCCCAUCCGGAUUGGAGUCCAAGCGCAAUCAAAUCUGCGCUAAUGACGACUGCCUACACGCAAGACAACGCCAAAUCCCCUCUCCGGGACGCUGCAGGAGGUGCAUUUUCCGAUCCAUGGGCGCACGGAGCCGGGCAUGUAGAUCCCCAUAAAGCCCUCUCUCCGGGUCUCAUAUACGAUAUCUCAACCGAAGAGUACAUCGCUUUCUUGUGCUCCCUGGAUUACACCAUUGAACACGUCCAAGCCAUUGUCAAGCGCCCUAAUGUUAACUGCUCCAGGAAAUUUUCCGACCCUGGUGAACUCAAUUACCCUUCCUUCUCGGUUGUGUUUGGAAACAAAAGGGUUGUUCGAUACACUCGUGAAUUGACAAAUGUGGGAGGCGCCGGGUCUGUCUAUGAUGCGGCGGUGAGGGCACCGGCAAUGGUGACGGUGGCAGUGAAGCCCAAAAGGCUUGUUUUUAAGAAUGUAGGGGAGAAGCAGAGGUACACGGUUACGUUCGUGGCCAAGAAAGGUGCAGCCAGAACGGCCAGGUCCGACUUUGGUUAUAUUGUGUGGAGCAACGCCGAGUACCAAGUUAGGAGCCCAGUUGCUUUUGCAUGGACACAGUUGGUGAGGUCGUAAGCCGUUUUGUGGGUUUGCCUUUUUAUGUAUUUGCGCCUCUUUUGGCAGUUUGCUAAGAAAAGCAGCUAACAAGGCCCCCCGGCUCUCUCUCUCUCUAUCGGACAUGACUAAAGUCGUUGAAUUUA